CCACAAGUAAGGUUCUGAAGGAACCCACGUACGUAGCAUCAUAAACAUAACCUCAAAAAAAAACCUUUACUCUGUUUCCAUCUGCAAAUGGUUGGAAUUCGAUAAAUCGCCACGAAUUUUCCGUUGAGCGAUAAAAAAUCACAAGUUCAUAGACUAGUACGAAAUAUUGGCCAUCGACUAAUUAACGUGAUAAUUUUCGUUGUUGCAAAUUGCAAAACAGUGAAAGUGACAACCUCACACCGAAUCCACAUAAACUAUUAAUGCUUAGAUAUUUGAAUAGCACAAAAUAUUGAAAAAAUGUCUGAGCUAGCGGUAGAUGGUUUUUUUAUGGAAAAUGCGUUGAACGAUAGUGUGGUCAGCGAAGUCGCAGAACAUUCACAAGAUGAAACCGACGAAAUUCCUCAUGCCGAAGAAGAGCAGAAAGAGAAAUUGCUCAAACUUCCAUUGAGCCGAGUCAAGGCUAUAGUAAAACUUGAUCCAGAAGUCAACUUGAUCAACCAACAAGCAGUCUUUCUGAUCACUAAGUCAACGGAACUUUUCAUCGAGUCUCUUGCUAAAGAGUCCUUUAAGUAUACCGCCCAGAACAAGAAGAAGACUGUACAAAAACGAGAUAUAGAUAUUGCUAUCGAAAAUGUCGAUGCUUUAGUCUUUCUUGAAGGAACUCUAGAAUAGUUGAUCUAGAUAUUUAUGUAAAAUUUGAAUGGUUGUCACUCUCUAUGUCAACUGAUCAAAUCAUUUUCUAUUGAAUCAAUAGAAUAACCUCACCUAUACUGUAAGAUAAUUAUAUGUAUGUAUUCAGUGUAGGUAUUUCCUACUUAAGAGACUAUGUACAAAUUAUGAUUCUUUGUGAUAAAUUUUAAGUCUAAA